AUGGCGACGGGCGGCGGGCAGCACCUGCCCGCCCUGGUGCUGCCGCUGCUGCUGCUGCUGCUCCGGCCGUGCGAGGUGAGCGGCCGGGAGCCGGCGUGUCCCCGUCCGUGCGGGCGCUGCCCGGCCGAGCCGCCGCGCUGCGCCCCGGGCGUGCCCGCCGUGCUGGACGGCUGCUCCUGCUGCCUGGUGUGCGCCCGGCAGCGCGGCGAGCCAUGCUCCGCGCUGCUGCCCUGCGACGAGAGCAGCGGCCUCUACUGCGACCGCGGCCCCGAGGACGGCGCGGCCGCCGGCAUCUGCAUGGUGCUGGAGGGGGACAACUGCGUGUUCGAUGGGAUGAUUUAUCGCAAUGGGGAGGCGUUCCAGCCCAGCUGCAAGUACCAGUGCACCUGCCGCGACGGCCAGAUCGGCUGCCUGCCCCGCUGCAACCUGGACCUGCUGCUCCCCGGCCCCGACUGCCCCUUCCCCAGGAAAGUCGAAGUCCCUGGAGAGUGCUGUGAGAAGUGGGUCUGCGACCCUGAUGAUGAAGUGAUUUUGGGAGGUUUUGCUAUGGCUGCCUACAGGCAAGAGGCCACACUCGGGAUUGUGUCAGAUUCAAGUGCCAAUUGUAUUGAGCAGACAACAGAAUGGAGUGCUUGUUCCACGAGCUGUGGAAUGGGCUUUUCCACCCGUGUUACCAACAGGAAUCAACAGUGUGAGAUGGUGAAGCAGACACGGCUUUGCAUGAUAAGACCUUGUGAAAAUGAAGAGUCAUCUGAUAAGAAAGGGAAGAGGUGUGUCCGGACGAGGAAGGCCGCGAGAGCCCUUCGCUACGAGUACCGGAACUGCUCGAGCGUGCAGACGUACCGGCCGCGCUUCUGCGGGCUCUGCGGCGACGGGCGCUGCUGCACCCCACACAGCACCAAAACCAUCCACGUCCACUUCCGCUGCCCCCAGGGCACCCUCCUCAAAAAGCCAGUGAUGCUCAUCAACACCUGUGUCUGUCACAGCAACUGUCCUCAGGGUAACAUGGUCUUCUUCCAGCCGUCGGACCCCACGUCUGGUGAAGCAAAAUUAUGAAAAGCAUGAAUUAGAUAGCACAGAAAGUAUAAGCAGCUUAUACAAGACGUGACCCACAAUCAGGUGAAUGUAACAAUCGCAUAUAUGAAACUUCUAAAAUAUUUUUCAGAAUGGUCUUUCAAACUAGGUGCUUUUUUUUCCCCCCCAUAGUUUAUUAAAUACCUCAUUUUCCAUUUGCCCCAUCCAAAUGUCUUUUAUUCACUUGAAGGAAAUUUUGUACCUUGGACAGAGCCCUCUUUUUAUCUUGAUGGUGGCAUAAAGAUUACAAAGCCAACAGCUAGACUUUCCCCUUGAGUUAAGGGGAUCAUGCAAGUUUCAGUGGGUGUAAGACUGGACUUCU